AUAUCAACACAGACCGCCUCUAGCGAUGACCAGAACUCGUCUGUAGCCAUGGAUCCCUGAUGCUAGCUUCAACAUCGGAUCACUGUAUCAUGGAGCCUGGCCCAUGAGUCCUAUGAAAAAAGAUCUGUCUGGUCGAGAGAGCCGCCUGGUGGAGACGGACCAGUCGACAGAACUAGCUAGUGUGAUGAGUUUUAACUCCACCAAUAGUAGCCAGCAGUCCUCUGCCACUCCGCUACCACCCGGUACAGCCCCACCUGGGACAGGCCCUCCACCACUCCCCACACCGACCCCACAGGGGCAGGUGGCGCCCCCUAUAUCACAGGUCCAGCCACCACAACUACAACAACAGCCACAGUCGUCACAGGACCUCGCCAAUCAGCCACAACAACUCGGAACCAAGGUGGAGAUGGUUUACUCUCUGCUGUCCAUGCUGGGAACACAUGACAAGGAUGAUAUGAGUCGGACACUGUUGGCCAUGUCCAGUUCUCAGGACAGCUGUAUCGCCAUGAGACAAUCAGGUUGUAUGCCUCUGCUGAUCCAGUUAUUACACGGAAGUGACAAAGAUUCAGGGUUGCUGGGCAACACGAGAGGAAGUAAGGCUGCACGUGCUCGAGCGGCAGCAGCACUUCACAACAUUGUUCACAGUCAUCCUGAUGACAAGCGAGGUCGUCGUGAGGCCCGGGUACUGAGAUUACUGGAGCAGAUUCGUGCCCACAGUGACCAGCUGAGGGACGGACCUGAGGAGGAUGACCAAAGUCGAUCAGGAAACAAAUCACAUGACAUGGACCAUCAUCCGGGCCCCGCUGUGGCAGCGCUGAUGAAACUGUCGUUUGAUGAGGAGCAUCGGCACGCCAUCUGUAGUUUAGGUGGUGUACAGGCGAUCGCAGAGCUGAUACAGGUGGAUAAUGAUGUUCACACGGACACACAGGAACAGUACAACAUCACCAUGCGUCGCUAUGGUUGCAUGGCCCUCACCAAUCUUACCUUUGGUGACGGCACAAACAAGGCCUUACUCUGCUCCAUGAGAGGAUUUAUGCAGGCCCUGGUCAGUCAGCUACUGUCCUCCUGUGAGGACCUGUGUCAGGUUGCCGCAAGCGUUCUCCGGAACCUCUCCUGGAAAGCAGACCUUGCGAGUAAGAAAACAUUACGUGAAGUAGGUGCAGCUACUACCCUUAUGAAAGCUUCAAUGGAGGUGAAAAAGGAAGCUACAUUGAAAAGUAUUCUUAGUGCAUUAUGGAACCUUUCCGCGCACGGAAGUGAAAAUAAGGCUGAUAUAUGUGCAGUAGAUGGUUCAUUGGAAUUUCUUGUUGGAACUUUGACCUAUAAAAGUCCAUCUAAGACAACAGCAGUGAUAGAAAAUGGUGGCGGUGUGCUUCGUAAUAUCUCCAGUCACAUAACAGUGCGAGAGGAUUACCGAGCUGUUCUUCGUAAACAGUUGUGUCUUCAAAUUCUGUUGAAACAGUUACGCUCAACAAGUCUGACCAUAGUGAGUAAUGCAUGUGGUACCUUGUGGAAUCUCUCGGCCCGCUGUCUGGAGGACCAACAGGCAUUAUGGGAUAUGGGAGCAGUGGGUAUGCUCAGAAAUCUAGUCCACUCGAAACAUCAGAUGAUUUCAAUGGGAAGCUCAGCAGCAUUAAAAAACUUACUCAACGCCUGUCCUAAUAUCAAAAAUAUGAACAUGGAUAGAAAGACAAACUCGAACCGUCCCUCAUUACAUGUGCGGAAGCAGAGAGCAUUAGAAGCAGAAAUUGACCAGAAUCUCUCAGAAACUUGUGACAAUUUAGAGAGCCCUCGUGAUAGUCCAACAGAAAGUGGUCGUAGCACUGAAAAAGACAGUAAUUCACGUUUCCACUUCCCUGGUGGUACAGGUCAUCAAGUGCAGCAGGAACAUGACUCUCGGCGAAUGUCACGAGGUUCCUACUAUCAGAGUGGCACAAGAAGUGGCGAUAACACUCCAAUGUCUGAUAGCCGCCUGAUGUCGCCGAAACGUGUGGCACGAUCAGGUAGUCAAGACAGUGUGGGCAGUACUCACUCGGACAUUUCACAUGAUCGCAGUCGCUUCCGUGCAGCAAUGCGAAAUGCAAGAAAUUGUCAGGAUAGACAAGGAGGAAGUCUGGACCGUAAAACCUCCGGAGGAUCAUCAUCUGGGCAACAAUACAGCAAUUCUUCGUCUGAGGAAACUGGAUCUGAACAAGGAAGUCACCAGGGGCAACCGCACUCAUCAGGGACUCACAUAGCACAAGUCAUGAUGGAGGUUGAGAGAGACAAGGCUGCAUACCCACUUAGGGGAGAUAACUCAAGUCAGCAUGUGCCUCCUUCUCCAGCGGGACCAGCCCACCAGCUGUAUCGGAGCUUACCUAAUUCUGUGUCGUCACCAGGUCCACAACACAUGCACCAGAGUAAUCAGUUUGUGGCUAGCGCACCAAGUACCUGUAAUUCUAGUUACCAAGGUGCUCAGCAUUAUCCUCAAGGUAACGACAACGACCAACCAAUCGACUACAGCCUCAAAUAUCACGACAGUCAGUCUACAGCCUCCUCAAAUUAUGACAAUCAGCCAUCACACCAGGGACAGAACAACAGAAAGAUUGGAGGGCCUGUUACAAACAUGGGCCCCCCUGCCCAGCCUCCACCCCAGCCGCAGCCUAGGUUCAACAACUUUAUGAACCCAGGGUAUGAUCCCAAACAAGGCGUACCCAGGUUUGUACACCACCGACUAUUAGGAGAACAUCCGCGACAAAUAAAUCCCGGACCGUUCAUGCGCCCACCGCUCCGCCCCAUGAUGAGACCACCUAUGAUUCCUCCCCAGUUCAGUACGUAUGCCGAGACUGACCUGGACAGCGAUGAUCAGCCAACUGAUUUCAGUCGGCGGUACUCUGAGCAACAUGAGGAAGACUAUCGUGACCAGCCAAUAUCCUACAGCACACGAUUCCAGGAAAGAGAUGGACCACGCUACCAGGAAAAUAACCCUAUACAUAUGCGUUACCAGGACACUGAUCCUAACUGUGCUGAUUGUAAACUAGAGGAGGCACGCCGAACCAAUGACAGACUCGAACAGUGUACACACAGUUUCCAUGACGACCAGGUGAAAACAUUCUACACAGAGGGGACUCCUCUUAAUUAUCUCUCCUUGGCUGCAUCUAUGACCGACCUUACUGGGAAAAAUGCAGACAAAGAGGAAUCCGAGGAGGGAGAAGAAGAAGAGGAGGAAGUUGUUAGCGAUGAGACACAGAAUUUUGGGUCUCAUUACAAUGAGUCAGAAAAUCAGAAUACCUCGUCUGUACAUUACAAUGGUGAUGUAGAGAAGAGGCAUUGUUCACGCCACGGCGAAUCAGACAAGCGUAGCGGGAGCGGAAGUAUGGGCACGGACCAGCAAACGGGUACCACGGUGAUAACUAACUACCACCAUACUCCUCCGGGCAGCCCACCACCUCUCUCUGAGGAAACAGCUGAAGCCGAUACAAUGGAGAGGUCAUUUCAUGCGCGAUCGGACGAUGACUCCAGCCAGGAUCAAAUCAAGACCUACUGUGAGGAAGGCACGCCCAUCUGUUUCUCCAGAGUCAGUUCACUGAGUAGUCUACAUAGCACCGAGGCACAAGACAAGAUUGGGGCCGAGGGACUUAAUCGACAGCUUGGACUCACCAGCAUUAACGAAAACGAAAACAAUAAAUCUUCCAAUCGCGAGAUGAGUCCUGGUGAUCGUAGGGUCAGUGCUGGAAAAUAUACACCUCUUGUGAGCCGACAAAAGCUUUUGAGUGAUUCAGAUGCUCAAAGCUCUGAGUAUGAGAAGGAACACAAAACAGUGACUUUUGAUGACCAUCAUCAUGUAGAAGAGACCCCGCUGAUGUUUUCGCGUUGUAGUUCACUUGGUUCCCUCAGUAGUUUUGAUGCUCAUUCUGUACACAGCUCAGUAAUAAGUGAGUACAGUCGUCGAGCUAGUGAAGUUGUGUCACCCAGUGAGCUUCCAGACUCUCCAAGCGAGACAAUGCCACCAAGUCCACGAGGAAAAUCGCCUCAGCCAGAUGAAAGCUCUAAAAGCUUGUCAUCCAAGAACUAUAACGAACCUUCAGGAGUCAAAGGUUUUGGUAGCUCAUUGCCACAGAAUGUGGUGAAACCCAUGCCUUCUAGUAACAUCAACAAAGCGUCUGUGUUUGUGGAGACUGCGUCAAUAAUGGGCAAGGAUGAUCGACCGACUGUGUACGCAGAUGAAGGGACACCGCCUCACUGCUCGGAUACCAACAGUAUUCUAAGUGCCUUGACAAUAGAUGAUAGUGAUAAUACAAAACAUUCAAAAGACACUGAUAGUGAGGCGUCCAAACGUGCCAAAGACUCUGAUUCUAAUGAUCUGACUUUGAUUCAAGAAAAAGAAGACGACAGUAUGUUUAACCGAAGCGAGGAUAAAGAGAACUCUUCAAUGUCAGAAGUAUCGGAGGGUGAGGAGGACAUUCUCAAACAAUGCAUAAUCUCCGCCAUGCCACCGAAAAUGAGGAGGAGCUCUUCCGAUAAUACCAUUAAGAAAAAGUCAGCUCAGUCCAAGUCUGAUUCUCACAGAAGUAAGAUGCCAUUAAGACAAGGAAAGUCUACCGGCAAUAAGGCAAUAUUGUCACCAACCUCAAAAGGCAAGGCGUCACGUGGGGGAAGUAAGCACCACAGACAAAUUACGGAGGAGAGUUUACAGGAGGAUACUGUUAAGUCGUACGCCUCUGAGGACAUACCAAUGUCAAGGUCACAGGAUCAUCCAAUGUCAAGGUCACAGGAUAGCGCUAUGUCAAAAUCGCAGGAAACGUCACAAGAUAUACUGAUGACAAGAUCACAGGACUUCCUUACGUCGUCCAUCAUGAGGGUGGCAGAGUUAUGUAAUGAGCCUUUCCAAGUUCCCAAUACAGGACAAGGUGUUCCAAAUGGAGUUGGACAAAGUAAUAGUCAAUCAAGCAACCAAUCCCGAGAGGUUUCAAAAGCAACAGGACAUCGACCACCGAUGAAUGUAGGCCGAGUGAUGCCAAAUGUUUGUCAUCCCCAGGCUUCACACAAACCCAAACCACUGUUGAAGUUACAGGAUAUCUUAAGGAGAGAGGAAGAUGUUAUGGACGAUCAUGAUGACGUGCCGAUGUCGUACGCAACCGAGGACACGCCACUUAUGUCUCAGGCAGUUUCACCAACAACCAAAAAACCGCCCGUAGACAUGUUCAACAUGGAGGCCGUCGCUAAGAUCGAUGUUCAGGUGGAUGACGAUGUUGUUCAGCAGUAUGCUAUUGAGGGCACACCAUACAACGUUUCUAACCCAGGAUCGCCCUCACAUAAGCCUGAGGACCCAGUGGGUAACGCCAUUCAAAACAGGGUUAAGCUUGUAGACCUAUCUAAUAUAGAACCCUACAUGCCUGAAGACGGAGUAAAAACAUUCGCCACAGAAGAUACCCCGAUCAAUUUCUCCACUAAUGGAUCAUUGAGCGAUCUGAGCAUUAUCACCAACAUGACUGGUGAGAUGUCAGCAACAGGCUUGUCCAACCCUGUGUCAACACAGAUCUCGCCGCAUCCGACAACAGAGGCUGAAUCCGUGCCACAACAGGCAUCUACAUCACAGGUCACUAUGGCAACAGUGGUACCACAGAAACAACAGGAAGAACAACCAGAACCUCCAUUAGAAGAAAACCCACAACUUGAUGAUACUCGAUCAGACAGCAGCUCACUCCUUGACGAAAGUGAUGAACUUUUGUCCGAAAUAAUACUCUCAGGAAUGCCCAAAGGCAAAGUCUCACGCAAAUUAGAUAUGGAUCGUGCAGUGGAAGGAUCGGAAGUCAAGUCUCCUGUUAAAUCUUCCGACCUCUUCCAGCAAUCCAUAGAACCUAAGAUCGUGUUUCAGCCGCAGCGAACAUCUAGUCACAUCCCGACAGCCACGGACAACCAGCGCACAUCUAGUCUUACAACGGCCAAUAACCAGAUACCCUUCGUCCUCCCCGACUCCACCAAGACGUACGCUAUGGAGGGAACCCCUGACAAUCUCUCAACUCCUACCUCACUUAGUGACCUGACAUUUAACACCAAAGAAAGUCAUAUUGUUGCAGGGGAUCCACAUAAAGAUACAAACACACAGAAAAGUCACCCAGACCACAAGCCAUCUUUAGUGCAAGAACCACUUGUCAACUCAACAUCCGCGGGAAUGGACCAGUCCAGUGGUAACAUGAUGAAUGCUACAGUCGAUGAUUCUGUGUUUGUUCAGACUAUGGAAUCCUGUGACUCGGUCAAAGUAUAUAACAUGGAAGGAACGCCACAAACAUUUUCCCGGAACGAUUCUCUCAGUUCCCUCAGUAUGAUGGACGAGGAUGUUAAAGGUGAUCUGUCCUCCAUGUCAAAGUCAAGAAACGACAGAAGCAAAUCAAACGUGACAAAACCACAGGAAAGUCUCACGUCUUCCACAGGCAGAAACAGAAGCAUUGAACUUCAGCGUGAAGUCGAAGGUCAGUCUAGUGAUGAGACAAAGUCACAGAAAUCAGGGUUAGGAAAAUGUUUGGAGGAGCAGCCAAAGACAUUUGCUGUAGAAGAUACACCACAGAGUUUCUCUAGACGUUCAUCACUAAGUUCCAUACAGAGCCAAGACGAUGCAACUAAGAACACAGAGGAAACAGCACGUAAAAUUGAUCCCGCCAAGGAUCAGAACGAAAAGUUCACAGUGGAAGACACGCCAGCCACUUUCUCCCGAAACUCGUCCCUUAGUUCACUGAGUAUGGACUCCGAUAUAUUUGAGGCAUCUGAGCAGGCGCUGCUAGACGAGUGUAUCAGUCUUGCUCUGCCAAAGAGUCGCUCUGCAAGUGCCAAGUUGGAUGACAAAGUCAAGAGUAAAAUUCCACGUAGCAGUCCCUGUGGUACUAGCAUACCAAAGCGAGAUGGAGCGACAAAGGAAGCGGCAUCACGAAGUGUGACGUCAAAGGACGGAACAUCAAGGGAAGUCUCUGUUAAGUCUUCCAGGCAGGAUAGACGGUCUCUUGAUGCCGAAGUUAAUGUACGCAGACCUAACGAUGACUCUCGCAGACUGGAAAGAUCAUUUGAUGCCAGUAUGUUGUCGUCUGCGAGACCAAAAGAGAAGCAGGCAGACUUCUUCAAAGUACCUGCAUCACAGUCUAUGAUGAUACCAUCCCGUAGUAGCAGAAGAUCGGACCGGAAAUCGGCUGACACAUCCAGGCGUUCAGAAAACCGCUCAUACGAUCGCAGUGUUGAAAAGGAUGCUCAAAUGUAUUACCAACGCAGCUGGAAUCGUCAGCAUGUGAAGCAGUCAUCUCGUAUGACGCGUAGCUGCUCAUCAGCUGAGGAUAUGAGUUACAAUGGUGACCAGUAUCAUGAGUCGCGCAUCGCAUUGUGGCAGCAACAGCAACAACAACUUAUACAGCAACAGCAACAACAGCACCUGCGUCUUCAGCAAAUGGCCCGCAACUUCAGCGCCGGUCAGCAACAGCAGCUCCAACAUCAUCAACUACUACAACACCAACAACAACUUCAACAACAGCAACAACAACAACAACAACAACAACAAGAGACCGAUAUGGUCAAACGAGGAAGCUGGCGACGGUCUCGUUCACAAGACAGCGACGGGUUCCUGAAGCGACAGAAAGAUUUCUCCAACAUGGAGAUAGCCCAGUCUGUUUCCACCAUGCCUCAUCGCUUUCGGUAUUCCAUGGAAACAGUUUCGACUAGUGCAGUGGCAGAUAGCUACCAGGACAACAGGGUUAUAGAGGAAAGAGAAACUCGACAACGCAAGAGUUUAUGGAAUAGAAGAUCAUCAACAGAAAAGCUAUCAAAACGUGAUUCUAACAGUAGUAUAGAGAAACAGGACAGUGAAAAGUCUGACCGUGACAGUUACGGCUCUCACAGUCGUCGCAGUGGUAGCUAUAGUAACGAUCAGAGACUUAGCGGCAGCAGACACAGUGUCGGUAGCUAUACCAACGACCCACGAUACGGUCAUGAUCAAGAUCCAAGGGUUAACAGUUUCUCUCAAGAUACCAGACAAAGCAAUGCUAGCUAUAGCUAUGGUAACGACAUGAGAAUCAGCAAUGGUAGUUCUGGUAAUAACUCCAGCACUAGAAGAGAUGAGGAGGAGGCUCAAAUAGCUUUAAACAGAACAGGGUACCAGCCCCCAGACACUUCAGAUGGGGCCACACAGCGUAGUCCAUUCAAAUACAUUGGACUAGGCAUUGAUAACUUCGGCUUCGACCCAGCCAGCUCGAAUGAAGAUAUCACAGAAAACGUUGACAGCGCUGAUGUAACUAUGACGGAAAACUUCGGUAGUGGAAAUAUGACGAUGACUGACGAGGCUUUAGAGUACAUGAUGCAGAAUGGCUAUGUGUAUUACGAAGAUGCAUCCCACUCACACGAACAAUCAUUCGAGGAUGAAAUAACACCAGACGACGAACGCGCGUUGGAGAUUAAUGCCAGUCUAAUUGUAAACGAAAUUCAGAGUAGACAGAUGAUCGGCAGUGCAGUGGAUGAGGACAUGUUUAUAGAAAACGAGACACUUUCUCUAGUUUCGUGUGACUAUACAUCCGACACGGCGUCAGAGGUAUCGGGGACAUGGUCUGCUCAUUCUGAGAAUUAUUCCGAGUCCAUGUCUCAGACAGACAAGUCAGAAAAUUCUAGCGCCGGACCACGUAUUUUGAAACCUAGCAACAAACCAGGUAAUAAGAAUACACCGCCAGAUGACCCAAAAGUGGUGCGCGGUCGUCGUAAGCCUUUGUACAGUCCUCGAACAAACACGACAGCGCAGACGCAGAAACCCGUGCCCAGUCGGCAGGAUAGUGCCACAUCUCGAGGAGGUCAUCGACCAGUUCCAAACACUGGCAACAGGUCAUCAAUUGCUGUCAAAAGUAACGGAGUAACAAACUCACGCCGUAAAGUUCCAACUCCAAAGACCCACCCACAGGCUAGCAGUACGCCUACAAAAACAACUCCAGUAGUAGGCGGGAACUCACAGAAGUCCAGGAUUGGCAAACCAUCACCACCUGAAAGAAAAUCUACUACAGUUCUUACCUCUCAAAGACAACAAGUCUCCAACAAAAACAGCCCUAGUCGCUUGCCAAUGGCUUCACAGAACCGUAAGGGGAACAACACUGACCGUCCGAAACCGCCGGUCAAACAAGGCACAUUUACAAAGGAACCAACGGGGGUAAACGCGCCGAGAAUCUCGGACUCUGAACCAGCUUCAGAUACAUGGUCAAAGGCUUUGGGUACAUACAACUUCUCGGUGAUUGAUUCGUCUUCCCCUGAGGCCACAAAAGAAAACGCACAGCCGGGUAUGAAGAAGAUACAAACAUCUGGUAGUAACUUAACAAAAAAUCGAUCAAACAGUGGUGGAAAUAUAGGCACAAACCGUAACGGAACUCCAAAUGGAAAGCCCACAUCUAGAAUAUCAAAUCUCAACAAACCUUCUGGAAGUAAUUUGAGGAAAACGAACAGUGGCUCCUCCCUUACAAAAACAGGCAGCGGGUCGUCACUUAGUAAAACAGGAAGUGGGUCUUCUCUAUCAAAAACAGGAAGUGGUUCAUCAUUAACCAAGGCAGGAAGUGGUGCUUCCCUCAAUAAAUACGGAAGUGGUGCUUCAUUAAAUAAGUCUGGCAGUGGUGCUUCCUUGAAUAAGGGAGGUUCUAACCCGAACCUUAGAAAGUUUGGUAGUAAAGGGGAACUUAGAAAAUCGGACAGUAAUGCCAGUUUGAAGAACAAUUCACGUCCUUCCACGCCAGUUGGUCGGAAAAAUUCUGUUCCGGCUCCAGCAACUUCUCGUAAAACGGAACAAAAGACAACUCCUGGCAAGAAACAGGUCAACAGUAAGGUAGCAAGUCUGUGGAGAAGGGAAGAUGGUGAAGACCGCGGAUCGCGACUUCCGGUCUCGACCACCCCUCCUCAGAGAUCACCGCGCGGAAAUGUCAACAUGACGAACAGUCGCUUACAGCAACCGAAAGGGCGCACUGGUUCCCCAAAUUCUCGUGGUGAAAUCACAUGUCAGAGGGUUUCUCCCGGCUCUGGUAAUGUAAAGUCCACGUCGCGGGACGAAAGUGAUGGAAUCAGUCGGAGCUCUACCUAUGAUAAAAUUAGUGCCAUCAACGAUUCCAGUCAGUUGCCAUGUCUAGACAGCUCUAAUGGAAGUGCGAACAAUCUACCAAUCAAUAACAUUGCACAUUCCCCUGAACAAGAAACUAGUGGUGAGGAGAAAUAUGAUCAUGAACAAAAAUCAAGCUCUGCCAACUCCCCGGACCAAGGUAUGUCAAGUGAUAGUGUGUGUUCACCAGACCGAGAUGGCGGAAGUGAAAGUGAGGCUGCUGAUGAUUCUCUGUUCAAACAUCCUUCACAGAUGGAUCCAUACGGUCUUAAGGUGCUUAAUCACCGCGUUGACUCGAGCACUUGGAAGAAGAAAAAGUCUGAGUCUUUGAUAGGAGAUUUACCAAAUGCCGAUGACACUAGUAAAUCGCUCGAGGCUGUCCGGGCUCUGCUUGACUCGUCUGCAAGCAUGACCGAAAGUAUGAUGAACUCCUCAACAACAGAAGACAGCUAUCUCGGCCAGGGCUCUAGUUUUCUCAGUCAGGGAAAUCAGACGAUCGACAGUACAUGGCGGCGAUAUCGUGACGAAUCCGUAUCAAGUUUUGCCCAGAGUGAUGACGAGGAAUCGAUUUGGGUGAGACGAGACGGUGAUACUUCACGCUCUGAGCCUGAACUAAGUAAACACGGUCUAUUUCGAUCUAGUAAGCGAAAGUCGAAGGGCAACACCAGUGGUAGUAAGAGCUUCCUGCCUAUUAAAGCAAUGAAACAAAUAUUUAGUUCGGGAAAAAGUGUUAAGAAAGUGUCAGAAACCAAAAAGGCAGCAUCUAGUAUGUCUCUCUCCACCUCAAAGGAAAGUUUAUUUAAAUUGAACAGAAGUGGAUUAGAUGCAUUGAACAAAAGUGAAAUUAUAAACAGAACUGAAUUUUGUGACGAGGAAAAUUCCAAGAAAAAGGAAGAGCAGCAAUCAAAGAAAAAGAAGGAAGAAUUGCAAUCUAAGAAAAAGGAGGAAAGUCUUCGAAAGAAAGAAGAAAGUUUGAAGAAAAAGGAAGAAAGCCUCAAGAAAAAGCAAGAAAAAAUUGAAAAGAAAGAAGAACAGAAAAGGAAAGACGAGAAGAGGAAAGAAGAAAAGAAAGCUGCUAAAGCAGCGUUAAGUACAUCAAAGUCACAGGAGUUAAAGACAAGUCCGCAGGCAACAGUUCAACCAUUCAAUUAUAAACCCACCCAAACAAAGGCAGAUAACUCUGUAUCUAACUCAGCUAAAGGUAGCACAACACCAACAAAAAUAAUACCUCCACCGGCGAUGUCAGAUAAUGUUAAUGAUGAAAACAAACGUGAACUAGAGGACUCUAUUGUGAAGCCUACCACUCCGAGGAAGAGUAUCCCUACACCCGGUGGACACGCAACAAAAACGGAAAUGUUACAGGCCAGACGUAAACAGUCCUACUUACAGAAUCUGAGUCUUAAGUCGGAGGAGAAUGCUACAGUGGAGAAGCCCCCACAGGGCUGUAUCGUUACGACAGUGUAGAUCUGGGUGUAAAUCGCUCUUUAUUCCUACACAUUGUCAACUCAUUCACCAGGCAGAUUCCUGGGUAUAAUUCAUUCGUUCAUUUCAAACUUUGAGGAUGCGUGCUGCUGUAAAUAUGAUCGUGUGGAAGUUCAUGAUGGCAUUUGGAACUCAUUGAAUUGGUUGGUAUUCAUAGCACUAUAGUCAAGUGACUGUUCCUAUGUGGCAAUGAGUAUAGUAUGAGUGUUCACGUAUUGGAAAUUCGGGAACAAAGAGAAUACCAUGUCAGAGUUAUUAAGGAACCUUUGUGUUAAACCUCGUUUCAGUUUCAAACGUGCCUGGGUGAUCGAACCUUUUUGAUAAAGAAUAGGAGAAGUCAUUCAGUGGACGAGUUUUAUUGAAGUGAUUUACCUUAAUCACUGAUUAGUAUAGAGGUUAAUCACGUGGUUAGACAAAUUGAGCUAAAACUCAAAAAAUGAAUAUAUAUCUAGUCUGAAGAACGGAAUCGUAGACUGAAUGGAGAGUGCAUGUUCUAAAACGUGUAAUAAGGCAAGAGAUACAUUGAAUGAUAACUCAUAGUACUGCCAUAUAUAUAGUGUGCUUAAAUUUCAAAUGGUGCAACGCAUAAUUGUGCAUAUAUAUAUAUGUGUGUUAAGGUGGAUUACACGGGAAUUAGCAAAGGCUCGUGAACAACCAAUUAAUGAAGGUUCACGGUGUUAUAGACUUAAAUUUAGUAUGUUGUGGAAGUUAUCUGAAACUCCGCUGAGUUGUGUUAAUGUUAAGUGUCCGGGCCUUUUGCCGCAGUCGUCUUGUCCAAGUAGCUUUGUAAAAUUUUAAUUAAUAUCUUUUAGUACAUUUUUCGUAACGCACAGGAGGCUCCGUUGUUCAAAGUUUUUGACACUAAUGCCCUGAAGGUGGAUAUAAGGCAUUUGACUUGAAAAGUUUCAUCAGUUUUUAAUCUUGGCAUUUUUAUAACACAUUUUUUUUUUUUGUCACUGCAAAUUAAGUUUUAAAAGAACUGGUAGAGAAUUCUGGUGCUGAGAGAUUGACGCAUAGAAGAUAUCGUAUUACUAAAUUGUACACAUUAUAUAUUACAAUGUCAUGUCAUUAAAGUGAAUUUUUUUUCAAGCCUUGUUACUCCAACAAUUUUCUCGUUAAUUUCUCUGGUUGAACUUUCUUUUUCUUGUUAAUGAGCUAGUAAGCCUGUCCAGCCUUAACUCUGCAAAUGCAAAUGUUUUGGUUGAUCUUGUCUCUUUUGUUCUGAAAUAAAUAUCCCGUUGUAAGCUCAAAUUCCCUUUUUGGUUCCAAAAUUUGAUUAUAAAAUUAUUUUCUAAUUCGAAACAUUAAUGCACCUUCUCUAUAUUUCUUCAUUCAAAUUUUUUAUGACAUAUCUACGUAUCGGAAUGGGUGAUGUAGCUCUACUAGUAUGCAGAAGUGGUAAAUUAACGAUAUUGGAUUAACAAGGCUUGGUCAAUAUAUUAGUCUCUAUAUUAACUAGAUAAAUGCGGAACAAUGCAACUGAAAGGUUGAAUGUUUUACACGAAAAAGGCCAGUUAAAAUUUUACCUGAUUCGGCCAGUUAUUCAUCUGUUUCCAUACAUACCUUGUAUUCUGAUCUCUAGUAGUUGAUUUAGUUCUGAUAUGUUAGUGUCUGUAGAAAUGGCCCUCUCCAUUUCUGUCAUCAAUGUGCUGUAAAUUUUUUUACGGUGUACUUCUGAUUUAUUUACAGAUUAAAAAAUCUGUGAGUAUAGGCCAACAAAUAUAAAAGCGGUAUGCCAAAGUCAUUAUAAACAUACAACCAAUCAAAGGAUUAGUCAAAUAUGAUAUCGCAGGCGAUGUUUUUAUAUAUAGUGUUUUUCAUGUCUUUAACAUUCAGCAUGCUUUUGGAGGAUUUACCUAUGAAGUCUUUAUCAUUUUUCAUUUCCAUGUGUUUACGAAGAAAUUGUUAGCCAGCUUUAUGUUCCAUGAAUGGAUUGAUAAUGUUUUAUAAUAUUUACAAAUCAUGUUUCCAUGACAAAAAUAUCGCCAUCAUCACUGAAUAUCCGACACCCCAGAUAGAAGUACGAUAUUCUUAUUUUGUGUGGUACAAGCCAUCAGUAUUUCCUGUGUGGUAGUUAUUAGUUUCUGUGCAGCUUUCGUCAUUUCUGUUUUGUAAAGUCAUCAUUUUCGUCAUUUCCUGUUUGGUAGAGUCAUCAUUUUCGUCAUUUCCUGUUUGGUAGAGUCAUCAACUUCGUCAUUUCCUGUUUGGUAGAGUCAUCAUUUUCGUCAUUUCCUGUUUUCGACAGUCAUCAGUUUCUCUGCAAGUUUCAUCAUUUCCUGUUUGGUAGAGUCAUCAGUUUCGUCAUUUCCUGUUUGGUAGAGUCAUCAUUUUAUGUGUGGUUAUGUUGUUGUCCGCGUGCAUUGAUCGAUCUUGCAUUUAAGUCAGAAUCGUAUAAGUGCAUUUAAGUCAGAAUCGUAUAAGUAAAGAACGUUUGCUAAUCACUGCCUAUAGACAGUUGUCUAGAUGUGUGUUCGGUUCGAUUUGUUGUUUGGACGGGUUUUCCUGUAGUAAUAGUGUGGACUUCUUGUAUAAUGCGAAGACGGUGUUUGCGAUAAAAAAAAACAACAACACAGGGUACUGGAUUGUACUGUCAAGACUUGUACUUGUAGGUACACAAGUAAUGUAAAAUACCCACAGCUUAGAAUCAUAGUAGGAAACAGUUUGAAAAAGGAAAUUGGUUUAAACUUGAAUAAUUAGUGAGAAAAAAUAUCCUCUCGAUUUCAUUGACAUUUUACUAACUGGCCUCGAUAUCUCAAACUAAUACAAGUCUCCAACGUUCCAUAAUAUGUCCUCCGUAUUCUCUGAUAGGCUUAACAUUGGUACACCAGCUCAGACAUAAUCUGUGAUAGAUUUCACAUACUGAUUUAUAGAGACAUUUCCGACAGAGAUUCGAAAUUGUCUUGAGGUUUGACUUACGUGUUGCUGGGAAUAUGAUCUGGCGACACGGACCAACCUUUACUUUUGGUUGUGAUGGGCGCUGCCUCGUUGUGGAGGGCGCAGCCUCGUUAUGGCGGGCGCAGCCUCGUUGUGCUAGGCGUAGCCUCGUGGUGAAACGCCCUGGCUGUGUACUGUAGCUUUAAAUAACUGUUGUCAUAGCUUUAAAUGUGAGAUCGCGGUGUCGGUCAGAGAUUUUGUGUUGUGAGGUUAUCACAUGAGAUACAAUCAAUAUAUAAGUAUAUAUCUCACAACUGUGUAGGGGUGUCCCUCAACUGCUCUCAUCAACAAAACCACAAAUUUGUAUUAAUUUGUAUAUACAUGGGGUCAAAUAAGGUACCAAAGAUUCACAUCGCCAUAGGUAUAGUUUUCUCGUGUAAUGAAAGUUACAAAAUUUACACUAGGUUUCAUUGUAAAACGUACUCUACUGUGUACUGAAUCAGGUAUUGUUUCAUCGUUCAGACACAAAGUAUACAUUUUUUGGUCUUUUAUCGUUUCAAAACAAUUUUAUGUAUCAAGUUUAUUAUCUCGAAAUAGGUACAUUUUUUUCUGCAAUCAAAAAAUUAUCCAUUGUGUCAUAUGUCUUAAACAUUUAUAUUCAAACAGCGUCCUAAUGGCGUAUCCAAGUUUACUCUUAUAAUAUACAGCACUGUAUUGCAUCAGGUUUCCAAAAGUAUUACAAAAUCUACACACGUAGUUGCAUUUAUUUUUCACAACACGUGCAUGGAACAGAUUUCUAAUAAAUACAAAAAGAUCUUAUUUGUUCCCACGGGUCAUUGGAAUAUAUUUUAGACCAUUGUCCAUUUUACCAUAGAUACAUAACCAGUUCGGUGAUCGGUGGGAUUUUUGUUUAAUCAUAGAUUUCUUUUGGACCAAUACUACCAUACUAAUUCAUUUGCAUGUAUCUCUUCAAUACAAUGUACAAAUUUUACGAUACUUAAAAAUCGAGACAUUUUAUAUAUUGUCUCCCAUUUCAAACCAAAGGGACUUGGUACACGUUUUCAACUCGUUCGAUGUAUAUAUAUUGUUACUACACUAUACAUAUAGUAACACAUAUUCCUCAACCCCAAAACAUUUCUAAUAUAAGGAUACCAUACACAUGUACAGGACGUCAAUCAAAAUAAUUAAAAUCAUAUUCGUAAUACACUUCGUUUUAACAAAGUUUUCCUGUAAGGUAUGAAACAGGAAUGAAGUAUGAGAUAUUAUUUUAAUUACAUGUGCGAAGUCCCUGCUAUUCAAACCAUGUACUAGGUUGUGUAUGUAGAUUGUUGGGCCUUAUGGUUGUGUAAUAUUCGUAAGUGGUACGUGUGAUUCGAAUCAGAUAACCGUUUGCAUUGUGUACUACGUAAUACAUUUUUGUGAACAAUGUAUUGGGAUGUGUACUAACUACGUUGUACAUUUCUGUGUAUAAGGUAUAAGGGUGUGUACUACGUUAUACAUUUCUGUGUAAACGAUGUAAGGAUGUGUACUACGUUAUACAUUUCUGUGUACACUUUAUAAGGAUGUGUACUACGUUACACAUUUCUGUGCAUACGAUGCAAGGAUGUGUACUGCGUUAUACAUUUCUGUGUACACUUUAUAAGGAUGUGUACUACGUUAUACAUUUCUGUGUAAACGAUGUAAGGAUGUGUACUACGUUAUACAUUUCUGUGUACACUUUAUAAGGAUGUGUACUACGCAGAGAUUUCUGUAUACUUUAGUUUGUAUCGGGUGUAUGUAUAAAUUUGUGUAUAAAUCGCUUUCAGUUUAGCUGUAUAUGUUGGUGUGGUAAAGCGUUAAGACUUUCGCUGAAAGAAUGUGAUUUAUCAUUGAUUAUUACACUAUUAAAAUACAUUGAUACUCUUUCCUCUGAAUACACGCUGUAUUAGUAUUAGAUGUUCAUACACGACUGUUCUAAAGUUUGUGUUCAGGUGUGUACAGGUGUGUACAGGUGUGUUGGUAACCGUCUAUAUACAUUGGAACCUGAGAAUUAAAACCCUAGUCGGAUGAACCGAACUUGAUGCUAUUCUGGAAAGUUUCCUGUAUCUGAAUAAUUUGGUGCAACCGUUUAUAUUUUAAGAAUAUGUCGAUAUGUUCGUGUAAGCUAAGGUUCCAUUGUAUUGAAUUGGUGAAUAGAUAUGGGAUGGGAUAGAAUGGUGUGUUGUAAGGACGAAAGGUUUGUCGGCAGAGAGGGAAUGUGGACGAGUGAAAACGGGUGAGAGGAGAGUCGGACGAGAGGUUUGUCUGCCGAGAGGGGGAAUGGACGAGUGGACCGGUGGUUGAGAGGAGGGAUGGACGUGAGGACAGACGGAUGGGAGGGAGGACAGACGGGCGAGUGUAAUUAAAUAACAUACGAAGAGUUUAUGUAAAUACAAGCCUUAAACGUGAAUUAAAAAUGGUUUCGUCUCGUGUACGGCAACAUAUAUAUAUACUAAAUAUUUUAUAUGAAUAUUGUUCUGCUAUGAAUAAAUAUGAGCUUUGUUUUCAUAUUUUGCUCUUUAUCCUUACCAGUAGAUAUGUUAAAUAGAUAUCUGCCAUGUUAUGUGUGUUGUAAAAAAGUCACUUUGUCAAGAUUGUUUUGAAAGUCAAGCAACUACUUAGCGUAAAUAAAAGUGUCAGAUGAAUUUAACGGCAAGUAAAGGUAUAUUUAUUCCUGAA